UGACUGACAGCUACAGCAACAAUCGGUAGGCAUUGUCAAUUUGAAAGUCAAGUCACAAAAUCAUUAUUACAGUGCUGUGAAUAAUCAGGACCAUUUAACAAAGGCUCCGUUGAAUAAGCGUCUUCUCCAACCGUUAAAUAAUACAGAAAAGAAAAUAUACGUGACUUCAAACAUGUUGAAGACAUUAUUUCAUCUAUUUGGAGCCAUCCAAUUUUUCUAUGGAUGUUACUAUGAUUAUGUCUACGUUAAAAUGCCUUUAUCAUAUAUAACACCUUACGGAGGCAAAUUCAAGUACUUAACUUAUUUGGAUGCGAUGAUACAAACCACAUACUUUACACUGGCCCUGAUCAAUGAUAUUUUUGGUACCAAUGAACCUUCACCAUCACAGAAGCCCCUCAUAAGAAGAGUUAAGGAUACAGUUUUUAGUUCUUUAGCUUUUCCGUUGGCACUAUUUGUUGGAGUAUCAUUCUGGGGCAUAUAUGCUGUUGACAGAGAGUUAAUUUUGCCCAGAAGUAUGGAUGAAUUCUUCCCAACAUGGCUUAAUCAUGUGAUGCAUUCAAACAUAGUUGUGUUCAUACUGAUUGAACUACUUACAUCAUUCAGAAUGUACCCCAAAAGAAAAGUGGGCCUGUCUAUUCUUUCUUUCUUUAUGAUUUGUUAUUUAGUUUGGGUACAUGUUAUUUACUACAAUACUGGUUUUUGGGUGUACCCUAUUUUGCAUGUCUUGAACUGGCCUUUGAGAAUAGGUUUCUAUUUAUUCUGUCUUGCAUUUGCAAGCUGUGGAUAUAUUUUAGGAGAAAGAGUAAACAAGGCAGUUUGGUCCUCUGAAGUCGAGAAAACUGUAAGAUCCGGAAAGAAAAAGGCCAAAUAAUAACGACAUAGCAACAAUUUAGAUAGUGUAGCCUAGUGAUAACCUCACUCAAUGUUUUGAGGUUUGUUAGUAGGAUUAAUUUGUUUUAAUUGGUGCAUGGUUACAGAAGUAAGUAAAAGAUUUGGGAAAUAUAUAGAUACAGAAUGUGUUUUCUGAAUGAGCAAAAUUUGAAAGUGGCAGGCAUAGGAACAUUGCUGCUGAUGUGAUUUAAACGUAAAUACAUUUUAUUGGUGAUUUUUUUAUAAAAGUGAUAAAAAUAACCCCAAUUGAGAAACCAACUUAAAAAUCUAUUGUAUCAGUAAUUUGAUUCCUAUAUUUAUAUUAUAAACAUUUGUAGAUCAUUCUUUCUCACAAAA